AUGGUUGUUUCUACACAACCUUUGGCAACUUCGGCCGGGUUGAAAAUCUUGAGUAAAGGUGGGAAUUGUAUUGAUGCUGCUAUCGCGGUGUCUGCAGCUUUAUGUGUCACUGAACCCGCUUCAACUGGAAUUGGUGGUGAUUGUUUUGCAUUAUACUUUAAAGUGGACAAUAAAGAUUCGCCAACGUGCAAAGGAGGGAAAGUUCUUGGUUUGAAUGGGUGUGGAAGAGCUGCGAAAAAUGUUACUCCACAACACGUUUGGGAUGAACACAAUCUGGGGCAACCAAUGCCUAGAAUACCCUAUACGUCGGUGUUUUCUGUAACUGUUCCGGGUGCAAUUGCUGGUUGGUACGAUGCUUUUGAAAAAUGGGGGUCAAAAAAUGUUUCUUUUGCCGAUAUCUUGGAACCCGCAGUGACUUUAGCUGAAAAGGGGUUCCCUGUUUCUGAAUUGUCAAGCAGAUCUUGGAGAAAUUCUAUAGCCAAGUUGAAAAGUCAAAAUCCAGAUGUGGCAAAUAAUCCAUUUGUUUUGGAAGGGGAGAGAGGCCCGUUUGAAGGUGAAUUUGUUCGGAAUAUUCCAUUAGCAGAGUGUUUAAAAUUGAUUUCCCAAAAUGGUAAGCAGGCAUUUUAUGAAGGUCCGAUUGCAGAAGCUAUCAUUGAUACCACCAGCAAGAGAAACCAUAAACUCACCAUUGAUGAUUUAAAGUUUCAUACGUCUACUAUUGUGGAGCCAAUAAAAUUGGAUUUUCAAAAUCACCAUGUUUGGGAAAUUCCACCAAAUGGCCAUGGUUUGGUAGCUUUGUUAGCUUUGGGUUUGGUGCAAGAAUUGCAUAAGGAAGGGAGAAUUGAUUUGUACAAGUUAAAGCAUAAUUCGGCAGAGUACUUGCAUAUCCUAAUUGAAGCUUGUAAAUUAGGGUUUCAUGAUUCUGAUGAAUACGUUACAGAUCCUACUUUUCGGGAAAUACCAGUAGAAGCAUUAUUACAUUCCCAUUAUUUGAAAAGUAGAGCCAGUUUAUUCGACUCAUCAAAGAUUAUUGACGGCGAAAACAUGACGCAUGGAGUACCUGAUCCUAAAUACAAAUCAGACACUGUUUAUUUCUCGGUCACAGACUCCAAUGGAGAAGCAUGCUCGUUUAUCAACUCAGUAUACGAAGGUUUUGGCUCCGGCAUCUUGGUUGAAAAAUACGGUUUUUGUUUGCAUAAUAGAGGUUCAAAUUUUAACUUGUCUCCAGGAUUGUCAAAUUGCUUGGAAGGGGGUAAAAGGCCUUACCAUACAAUUAUUCCCGGUAUGAUCACAAACAAAUCCGACGAUUCACUAUACUCUGCGUUUGGUAACAUGGGUGGGUUUGCCCAGCCAGUAUGUCAUGUUCAACACGUGUUGAACAUGAUUGUUUUUGGCAUGACGCCUCAACAGCUGCUCGACUCACCAAGAUUUGUUUUAAAUUCAAACAAAGACAUUUUAAAAGAUAGAGGAAGAGGCGCCGAUGGACCAGUAAGUACGCCUAUAACAAUUGUUCAAAUAGAGGAAGGCGUAGGCGAAGACGUUAUUGAGCAAUUAAAAACGUUAGGUCACACUAUUGAAAUCCUUAAAGAUUACUCCAGACAAACAGUUGGUAGGGGCCAAAUUAUAAAAAAUGAGUCUCGGAAUGGACAAUUGAUUUAUGCUGGUGGAAGUGAUAUGAGAGGCGAUGGAGCAGCUGUUCCAUUUGUUUGA